AAGUUGCCAGGAGGUGUAGAAGUGUUGCUUUAUAUUUGUUUGUUUUCUUGCUUUUCUUUGCAUGCAUAUUAUCGGAUAAUUAGAGCACGCUGUGAGUACAAUUUUGUAUUUAAAGGCUGCAGAGCUUCGAAGUUACAAACUGCACUUGUCUAGGAUCGGUGGUGUUGUCUGGGAGCAACAGGCUAGAAGAUAAAAUAAUGGUGUUGGAGCUUGGAUUUGUGAAACCGUUCCAGCCUUGCUGUUACCCGCUGUAAGGGUGAACGGACUGUGGGAGCUGGAGGUUGCUCGUUACCCCCGCUUGUCUGCAAAGGCCAGAGGAUGUAGGAGCACAAGGCUGAUCUGCUGGCCACGAAGAAUACAUCUGCCGAACCUCACUAGAAGUUUGGGGUCGUUUGCAAAGGGGACAUUGUUGGUGUAAAAAACAAUGAGUGAGCUCCUUCUGACUCUUUGUGCUUUCACGUUUCCUCUAGCAAGUGUCUAAGAAAACCCACAUAAUUUAUAGGUACUCGAUACAAGUUAUUUUGAAGAGUAAAAGGGUUUUGCUAAAUGAAUGGAUGCGUGAGAAACUUGUGGAAAAUCCUCCCAGAAGCUGCUUGGAUUUCGUAGCGGGAAUCCCUUCCCAUCAUGGCAAGUUUUGCCGGCGUGUUCCGAGACUACGGCCGGUCGAUCUCGCCCUGGGUCUGGCUGUUGGCUGUCUACAACUGUUUUUCUUUCUUUUCCUCUGUGCACAGCCGACGGCUGGUGUGCUGGCAGGCCAUCGUGCAGUGCCACAGCGAAGUGGACUGUUCUUACGCCUACGACCAGUAUCUACAAGCCUGUAAGUCGGUACUUACCGGAGAGAGGCACCGGUGCCCAAGCCACUGUAUCUCGGCUCUCAUUCAGCUCAACCACACAAGGCACGGCCCGGCCUUGGAGGACUGUGACUGCUUAGCAGAUGCGGAGUGUAAAGCCGCUAAACGGGAGAUCGAGCCCUGUUUACCAAGGACUAAAGUCUUGGGUUGUACCGAGGCAAGAAUACAGUGUGAAAAAGACCCCAAAUGUGACCAUUCCCUGCGGAGUUAUCUCCGGCACUGUAGUAAACUUUUUAAUGGUAUGCGAUGCACGGAUGAGUGCCGUGGGGUGAUCGAGGACAUGCUGCUGGUACCCAAGGCAGUGCUUUUAAAUGAGUGUGUGUGCGAUGGACUGGAGAGACCCAUCUGUGAGUCCGUCAAGGCGAACAUGGCUAGACUGUGCUUUGAUACAGACUACAGCAACAACCCGACCAGCAGUGGCGGCUAUCCUUUGGACGACUAUUUUGACUACGAGGAAGAUAUUAACUUGGGGGAUGGGGUGGACAACAGUAGGACUUUUUCAAAUGACAUUCCUGAUAGUGGCCAGACACAGCAGAUUUGUCCCUUCGUCGUCCUCGCGCUGGCGGUGUCCAUUUUGUUGGUGUUUGCCACCGACUUGAGUUCUUGACAGAAACCUCCCCCACCAGCGUGGGGGACUCAAACCCACUGGCUCCAGUUGAAACCACUGACUUAGUGUAGAAGUAAACAUUUUUAGCAAAACAAUAUACCCUCCCUAUUCCUGGGGAUGCUUAACUGAAACGAGCAUGUUUCUUUCAGCGGGGAAAUUGUUCAUUUUUUUAAAUGCUGGCUGUUGUACAUCACGUUGUGGUGUAGAAACCGCGUUGCCAUUGCUCAGGAAACUAUGAGAGUAAGAUGUCUUUUUUUUUUUCUGGCAACAGCAGUGCACCUAGACUCGAACCCAGGUUUCAAGAUGUGUCUUUUGAGUACAAACUGGCCUCGACUACAGCUUUACACGUCCCACCUAGAAGGCACGCGUUGCUGCAUUUCUAUGCUCCAAAACUGCAAAAUGAAAACACUGAGAACGGUCUCAGUGUAUAUUUUUCCACAGCUAAAAUGAUGUUCAGCAACAGUUUUCUGAACGAGCAUAUGUACAUUUUCUUUGCGCAAGAAUACACUAGCUCUUCACUGCCAUUAUUUAAAAUGAAAAUGUUUUUAUAUUAAGAAAUAUUUAGGAAAGACUAAUGUUUGAAUUGUUUUACAGAUCAGUGCUUGAGCCCGUGUGUAUGAACACUGUCUACUGAAUAUGUAAAGAUUGGUCUUUGUAAGCAUGGUCUGUGCGGGUUGUAUAUAAAAUGUUACAUAAAGUAUAAGUUUUGAUAAUUUAUUUAAAAGCCCAGUUCAAGCAGCUCAGCUGUUUACAGGAUGUAUUACUUGUUCAUUCAAAGGUACAAAUCCACUACAGUAAGGGAACCUGAAGAAUGUUUGAGUACCAGUGUAUAUAUAGUAUAUUUUACUGAUUUACAGAGAAUAUCUUUAACUAUUUUUGACAGAGAUUAUGAAAUUAUAGAAAAAAUGUAUAAACACAUCUCAAGAUUGCCUUAACAUUGUAUUUUUAUAGAAGGCAUAGAAUAUACUUAAGUUUAACGAUA